AUGGCCGAAAACAUCCCACAGACCGCCACGGCAGCGGCGGCUGCCACCCCUUUGCCGGUAGCAACGCCGAACACAGGUCCCGAUCAAGCUACGACGGCGCGCGGCGUGCCAUACUAUGAGAAGCUGCGCAGAGAGCUCCGUGAAACGUUGCAGAGGAAACGAAUACUGGACAGAAAUCUUGCCGCACUAGAAGAGUCUAUCUACCGUUUCGAACACUCGUAUCUCGAAGAGACCGGCGCUGGAAACAUCAUCAAGGGUUUCGACAACUACAUCAAAGGCUCCACGGGCAGUUCUCUAAGCACGGCUGGCAGCCUUGGGGCCUCAUUUGGUGGCGGAGCAAGCGGCGGAACAUCGACACGGAGGAAAGGCCAGGUUUCGGAUAUGGAUCGAGUGUUUUCUCGAAGUUCUGCAAGUUUCAUGAGGGACUCCCCCGCACCCUCCAGCGCCCACACCACCCCUUCCCACGCAGCAACACCCACCUACUCCGGCCCCAGCGGGCCUAAUACAAAAGACACCUCUGCUCCAAAUAGCGUUAAGGGUGCGUCAACAAGCAAGAACAAGAAGAAAGCUGCUGGAGGCACCGCUUCUGCCCGAGAUAGGGAGGAUGAUGACGAAGGUGGUGAUUCGAAGCCGCCAGUAAAACGACUCAAAAUUACGUAUGGGCGAGGGGAAUAA